AUGUCCACUGCGCCGCGGACGAGCCGGAGACCAUCUCCGCCGAGCAAGCUGGCUUGCCCCCAAUAUCCAGCCUCCCGAGCUGACGGGUGGCAGGUGGUUGGUUGUCGACGAUACCGGCGGCUUGCUGGUCGCUGCCAUGGCGGAGAGGAUGGGCAUAUUACACCCCGGAGAUCGACGAAGCUCACGCAAGCCCGCGGCGCCAAGCCUAACGCGACCGAGACCGCUACUACCAGCGCACCCGAAGAAGACAAGAAGGAGCCCGAGGCCGCGGUCGCGGACCAAGACGUCGAAAUGGCCGAUACAACGACUGCUACCGCGCCCGAAACAGACGCCCCAGCGCCAACCACAACGACCGAAGCCACCGCGGACGCCGCCGACGGGGAGACCGCCACCGCCAAAGACAAGGCCGAAAAGUCCCGCCCGCGGCACUACGACCGCGACGACCUCGAGAUCCCCUACGCCGGCUGCAACACCAUGACCCUCCUCCACUCCAACAGCCAACCGAACCUCUCCUUCCUCAAAUACUACGACUUCGACUUCGCCGCCCCCAACCCCCUUCGCCCACCACCCCUUGCACACCAACCUCCUCUGGCUCAACUGGCUGCAGCUCCUCGAGCCCGAGCAGGACGCCAUCUACGCCGCCGAGCCCGCCCCCGCUUCUCCGGCCUCGUCACCGCCUCCACCCUCGACCCCGUUUCCUUGCUCAAGCACACCCUCCCGCUGUUGUCUCCCGGCGCCCCCAUCGCCAUCUACUCCCAGAGCGUCGAGGCCCUCACCCAGCUCGCCGACUGCUUCAGCGUCGCCCGCCGCGCCGCGUGGAUCACCGACCCGCCUCGCGAGACGGAUGGCCUGUCCCCCGAGGAGCUGGAGCGCUGGCCCGGCUCCGAAGAUUUCCCCGUCAACCCUACCCUGCUACUCGGUACCACUGUGCAGACGAGCCGUGUGAGGCAGUGGCAGGUUCUACCGGGCCGCACGCAUCCCCUCAUGACGGGCCGCGGCGGCUCUGAAGGCUAUAUCUUCACUGCGUGGAAGGCCCUUCCGGCUACUGGCAAGGUGGAGGCGAGGGGAGGCAUAAGAGGAAGAAGACUACUGCCACAGUGUCGACGCCGACGCCAACGGCCCCGGCGUGAUUCUAGAGGUUGCGUAGGUUGA